GUGGGGCUUGCGCGCGCAGCUCCUGCAGGACCAGUUUCUAGAAGCUUGUUGCAGUGGCGUGGGUCAUGGCUGCGGGUCCUGACGCAGUUUCUGCAAGACCAUAACGUGGAUCCUUGGAACACUUGAUAUUUUGCUGGAGAGUGCCUUUUGGUGGCCUGUGUUGACACUCAAAGUCUAAAGGGGACUGAAUUCCUCCUGGUGAUACACAUUGCAAGCCGGAGUAGCCUGAACGAGAUGACAGCCAUCUCCCCAGAUCCUGACACUUUGGUCUCAAGUGAACAGAACAAGGUGCUAAGAAUGGAGACCCCUGGGGAUCAAGAAGCUCUCCUAAGAGGAGACACUGCUGACCCAGAGUUUUUCAGACAGAGGUUCAGGUGGUUUUGUUACUCCGAAGAGGCUGGACCCAGAAAAGCCCUGAAUCAACUGUGGGAGCUCUGCAUUCAGUGGCUGAGACCAGACAUCCACACGAAACAACAGAUUCUCGAGCUUUUGGUGUUUGAGCAAUUCCUGACCGUUUUGCCAGGGGAGAUUAAGAUUUGGGUCAGGUCACAACAUCCUGAGAGUAGCGAGGAAGUGGUGACCCUAGUGGAGGAGUUGACCCAAGUGCUUGAAGAAAAGGAAGAUAUGAUCUCUCAAGAUUCUGUUAUUUCCCAAGAGGAGAACCCUGAAGAAGAUAAAACAGUUUCUGUUCCUCCAAAUACUGAGUCCCAGGAAUCCAUGACACUCAAGGAUGUAGCUGUGACCUUUUCCAGAGGAGAGUGGAGGGCACUGGAGCCUUCUCAGAAGGAGAUAUAUAAGGAAGUGCUGCUGGAGAACUAUAGGAACCUAGAAUUUCUGGGCUUUCCAGUUUCCAAGUUAGAUUUGGUUUCCCAGCUAAAGUGGGCUGGACUACCACGGCUGCUGCAAAAACAAGCCUCAAGAGGCUCCAGACCAGAGUGUGAACUUAGCGGUGAAUUGAAGGAAUCUGGCGGAAAUCAAGAUGUUCUUAUGGAAGAAUCGACUUUAGAUAAAAUAAUAGAAAGGUAUCUAAUGAGUGGUGAUUGUGACUUGACAGGAGAAUCCUGGAAACAUUAUGGCAGACUAGAGGAGUGUCGUAGUGAUAGGGAACAUUCACAAGUAGCAAUCACACAAAAGAAAACUCAUGGGAGAGGCAAUAAGGGUGAGGAAUUUGACUCAGAAAAGAGCCCUUUUGGAAAUAACUUCAAACCACCUUCAGACCUAAUUAAACAUCUCAGAGUCUACUUAAGGAAGAAAUCUCGGAGGUAUAACGAAGGCAAGAAACCCUUCAGUUUUCAUUCAGACCUUGUCCCAAACCGCAAGGAACACAGUGGAGAAAAACCACGAAAAUGUAAUGAAGGCAGGAAAGCCUUAAGUCACUCUUCAUCUCUGACUGAACAUCAGAAACAUCAGAAAAUCCAUUUGGGGGAAAAGUCCCAGAAGUGCAGUAACUGUGGGGUAGCCUUUACUCAAAACUCAUCCCUUAGUAAGAGAAAAAACUCCUCUGCAUGCGAAAAAUGUUGGAAAGAUUUAGGUCAAGAUGCAGCUGUAGAUAAAGACGAGGGAACUGAGACUGGAGAAAAAACCCAUAAAUGCAGCAAAUGUGGAAAAGCCUUUGGCUAUAGCGCCUCACUGACCAAACAUAGGAGAAUUCACACUGGGGAGAAACCCUAUAUGUGCAAUGAGUGUGGAAAAGCCUUCAGUGACAGCUCAUCACUCACACCACACCACCGAACCCACAGUGGAGAAAAGCCCUUUAAGUGUGAUGAUUGUGGAAAAUCUUUCACCCUGAGUGCCCACCUCAUUAAACAUCAGAGAGUUCACACUGGAGAGAAACCCUAUAAAUGUAAAGAAUGUGGGAGGCCCUUCAGUGACAGUUCAUCUCUUAUUCAGCAUCAGCGAAUUCAUACUGGAGAAAAACCCUACACGUGUAACAACUGUGGAAAAUCCUUCAGUCAUAGCUCAUCCCUUUCCAAACAUCAGAGAAUUCAUACCGGAGAGAAACCCUAUAAGUGUGGUGAGUGCGGGAAAGCCUUCAGACAGAAUUCUUGCCUUACCCGACAUCAGAGGAUUCAUACUGGAGAAAAGCCGUAUUUGUGUAAUGAUUGCGGGAUGACUUUUAGCCAUUUUACGUCUGUGAUUUAUCAUCAGAGACUUCAUUCAGGAGAAAAACCUUACAAGUGUACCCAGUGUGAGAAAGCCUUCCCUACCCAUUCGCUCCUUAGCCGUCAUCAGAGAAUUCAUACGGGCGUAAAGCCUUAUAAAUGUAAGGACUGUGGGAAAUCCUUCAGUCAGAGUUCAUCUCUUAACGAACAUCAUCGAAUUCAUACUGGAGAGAAACCCUAUGAAUGUAACUACUGUGGAGCAACCUUUAGUCGAAGCUCAAUCCUUGUAGAACACCUGAAAAUUCAUACCGGAAGGAGAGAAUACGAAUGCAACGAAUGCGAGAAGACAUUCAAAAGUAAUUCUGGCCUCAUCAGGCAUCGGGGAUUUCAUUCUGCAGAGUAAUUCUUGGAAAUAUAGUAAGGUGGGGGGUGGGAUUUAGUCACAGUUGUCCCUUAUCAAAAAUCUGGGGUGUAAACUACCACAACAUUGAUUACUAGGAAAUUUAGUCACAAUUGUCCCUUAUUAAAAACCGGGGGUGUAAACUACCACAGCAUUGGUUAGUAGGAAAUUUAGUCACAUUAGUCCCUCAUUAAAAACCUGGGGUGUAAACUGGUGCAGCAUUGAUUAGUAGCUGCAACUUUGAUGGGUUGGCAGCUAGGAAAAAGAUACUUUUUGUAAUUCACCCCUCUUUGCAAGGAUGUCACCUUUCAGUAGAUAGUGAUUCAGGUUGGUUAAGUCACAUGAAAAGAGAAGAAAGUAGUAUGAGAUGGGAAAUUCUGAAAAGCCAAAUGUGAAUUUAAAAAGCAGGAGAGGGGUGCACAGGGCCCAUCUUACUAACCUCCUCAGAUUUGCUUCUCUCCUAGCUUCCAAUUUCACUACCAUGUAGUUUUAUAGAAAGAGGACCUGACUGUAGUCAGGUAAUCUGGGUUCUGUCCCAGUUUGCUGACCGACUUCCUGUAUAACCUUGGAGAAAUCAUUUGACCUUUCUGAAUUUUAGUUUCUUUACUGGUAAAGUGAAGGGGUGGGACUAAUGAUUUCUGAGGUUUCUUUCUUUGGUACUUCUUGUACCUUCUGAAGCUGUGGGAAUAAGUUAAACAUUUUUGAUUCUUUGGCAUUUUCAAGUUUCCCUAGUAGAAAAUAACUCAUUUAAGCUACUGAACUUCUGGCUUAGUGACAACACAGUAUGCUUUUUGAAUACUUGAUGCCAGAAUUGCUUAAAUGCUGUGCACAGAAACAAGUCAAUAGAGCUCAAACAAGUUUGCCUUCAGGGAAUGUUUUGAUUGGACAAAGCACCCCAACCUGUUUUUCCUCUAGACUUUGGCCGUGGGAAUUGGGAAUCUCUGUGGCAUGCUCCUGGGCUGUCUCAGCCAUGAGAGUAACAGUCCUAGAAAAUAGGUGAGGGGUUGGGGGGGGUAAACGGGUACUGAAAACAGCUAUUUUGGAUGAAUUGUCUUUUGCAAAAUAGAAUUCUAUUUUUUAAAAAGUUUGCCUAUACUAAGUACAGCUUCUUGUAAUCUAAGUGCAAACAUUCUGUAUGGCAAAGGUCACAAGCUAAGAUUGGGCCCUUUUACGUGUUUUAGUUGGCUUGUAUGGUAAGGUGGUUGUGUGUGUGUGUGUAUGUGUGUAAUUAGUUGUCAUCAUUUAAAAAUUAGGAAAUUUCAUACCCACCCAAAAAGAGUCUUGUUUUGAAAAAUUAUAAGGGCUGACAGUACUGGGCCCAUAUUUCAGUGGGGGCAGUCAGCUGGUUUCGGGUGUCAGCUUUUUUCAGGUAGCAGCUGCUACCAUUAGAUGGGGAAUCUAUUCUCGUACUUGCAAAGUUAUCUCAUUUAUGUAGCUUGACUUGCCCACCAUAGGAAACUGACAUUAUGAUCCCCUACCAUCUGGAGAAUACAUAUCCUAAAAUCUAAAGGGACUCCACUGAUAAUAAAAUUCAAGAAAAUAAUGUAGAAAUGAUACAGAAUAAAUUUUCAGUUAAGUUUUCUGUUAUGAAAUUAGACCUCACAGGAAUAGACUAUACAGAUGUUAGUGGGUUGUGUCUUAUGAAUGUCGGUGGAGUCUGAAUAAUAAUUUCUAACUGUGAGAAAGGAACUGAAAACCCUGGGUCAGUUAGGUUUGGGUCUCAGGUCAUAGGGUUCUAGAGGAGCCCCACUGACUCAGCAGUGGUGCAAAGUUCCUAAAGUUGAAAUUUGAGGCAGCUCUUAUAGAAAGAGAACGAAACGGGUAAACUUUCGGCUUCUGGAAGUGAAGAGAUGCUUAAUGCUCAUCUGAGAUUCAGCAAUAUUUGCUGUGAUUUAAUGGGUUUAGUUCGCAAUGCUACUUCUGGAUGAUGUUUUUGGCUUCUUCCUUGUGCACCACCCCACAGUAGUUCAGGUGUUGCUGUGGGAUAAAUUAGUCUAGUUAUUGCUAAGUGGACCAGCCGGAGACAUUCUAGUCAUGAAAGGAAUAUGCCUUAUCAGAAUUAUUCACCCUGGCUUAGGUUUUUUCCUGAAAGGAUAGAAACCUUGGUAUUUUUUCUGGAAAGAUAUAAUCUAUAGAGAGAAUUAAAUACGUAAAAAUCUUGAGAAGAGGCUUGUUCCAGGAUGUUUACUUGUUACAUACUCCAGCAUUCACAAGAGGAAGUUUUAUAUAAAUACCAGUUGGGAAUCUGGAACAUAACCCCCCCCCCUUUUUCUUUACUGUGUUAUUGAGGUAUAAAUUAUACAUUGUAAAAGUCAUUAAAAUGUAUAAUUCAGUGAGUUUUAGCCAACUCACUGAAUUGUACAGUUGGCGCCACAAUCUGAUUUUAGAAUAUUUUAUCAUCUUGAUAAGAUCCCUCACACCCAUUUAGAGUAAUCCCAUCCCCGCCCUGAUCCUAGGCAACCAUUAAUCAGUCUACUCUGUCUCCUUACGGUUGCUAUUUCUGGACAUUUUAUUUAAAUGUAAACAUAUGUGGUUGUCUUCAGUUUUUCAUUAACUUGUUUCUGAGUUCAUCCAUGUGGUUUUCUGAAUUCAUCUGUGAGGUAGCAUAUUGGUACUUUAAUCCUUUUUAUUGUCAAAUAUUAUCUGAUUGUAUGGAUGUGCCAUAUUUUGUCCAUUCACCAGUUGAAGGACAUUUGGGUUGUUUCCAUUUUCUGGCUGUGAAAAAUAAUGCUGCUUUGAACAUUAGCGUGCAAGUCUUUGUGUGGACAUAAUGUUUUCAUUUUUCUUAGAUGCCUGAGUGGAGUUGCUGGGUUAUAUGGUGAAUUUUAGUUCAACUUUUUAAGACGUUGCCAAGUUGUUUUCCAAAGUGACUAUGUCAUUUUACAUUCUGAACUUGAGUGUUUGAGGGUUCCUGAUGAAAUUACAUCCUCACCAACCCUCGUUAUUGUUUGUAUUUUUUAUUAUAGCUAACCUAGUGAUUGAAGUGGUAUCUCUUUGUGGUUAAUGAUAUUGAGAAUCUUUUCAUGUGUUCUUUAGCUAUUGAUGUACCUCCUUUGGUGAAAUGUGUUGUCCACACGUUAUUUUUAUUAUUAACUUGCAGUUCUUUUUAUUCUACCUAUAAGUCCUUUAUCCAGUAUGAACUUUCUAAAUACCAUGUACUAGCCACAGAAGACAACCUCAAAUCCUGCUGUACAAUAUUCAUCAAAAGUUUGGUUUCAGUAACUGCUUACAUAAAAUUGCCUAAAGGAUAUUUAGCCUGGCCUAUUAUCUAAAUAUUUAAAUUCAUUUUUGGGGUUAUAUCAGACCAUCAAAAGGUUUUAUACUUCUUUGGAUUCCUUAUAAAAUUGCUUUUAUUAAGCUGUUUUACUUUAAGCUCUUUAUCUAUGACACAUUUUACUUGAAAAUGAAGAACUUGCAUUUAAAAAUGUUUCCACUUAAUGAGUUUCUAUUGAAGAAAUUUCUUUUCGGUCUCAGGACAAGACAAGGCUUCUCCUGUGAGUUAAUUCACUUUUAUUUACUUAUUUUAGAGUUCAUUUUAAAAUUUAUUUUUUAUUUAUUUUUGGCUGCAUUGGGUCUUUGUUGCUGCGUGUGGGCUUUCUCUAGUUGUGGCGAGCAGGGGCUACUCUUCUUUGUAGUGCACGGGCUUCUCAUUGUGGUGGCUUCUCUUGCUGCAGAGCACGGGCUCUAGGCACACGGGCUUCAGUAGUUGUGGCUUGCAGGCUCUAGAGCACAGGCUCAGUAGUUGUAUCGCACGGGCUUAGUUGCUCUGCAGCAUGUGGGAUCUUCCCGGACCAGGGCUCGAACCUGUGUCCCCUGUGUUGACGGGUGGAUUCUUAACCACUCUGCCACCAGGGAAGUCCCUAGAGUUCUUUUUUAAUGUGGUAGAAUAUACAUAACAUAAAAUUGACCAUUUUAAUUCUUUUUGGGUGUACACUUCAGUAGCAUUAAGUACAUUCACGUUGUGCAAUCAUUCCCACUAUUCAUCUCCAGAACUUUUUUUUUUGGCCACACCACGUGGCAUGCGGGAUCUUAGUUCCCUGACCAGGGAUCGAACCCAUGGCCCCUGCAGUGGAAGAAUGGAGUCUUAACCACUGGACCGCCAGGGAAGUCCCUCCAGAACUUUUCCAUCAUCCCUAAUUGAAACUUAGUCGUUAACCAUUAACUCCCCAUUCUCUCCUCCCCCAAGCCCCUGGUAACCACUGUUUAACUUUUUUUUCAUUUGUCUAUGACUUUGACUAUUUUAGGCACUUCGUAUAAAUGGAAUCAUUCAGUACUUGUCCUUUUGUGUCUGGCUUGUUUGACUUAGCAUGGUGUUUUUAAGGUUCAUGUUGUAUCGUGUCAGAAUUUCAUUUUUUUUCAUUAUUUUAACGCUGAGUAAUAUUUUGUUGUAAGUAUAUAUCACAUGAUUUGUGCAUUCAUUUUUCAAUGGGCGUUUAGGUUAUUGCCAUCAUUUUGGCUCUUGUUAAUAACACUGCUAUGAACAGUGGUGUGCAAAUACUGUUUGAGUCCCUGUGUUCAGUUCUUUGAGAUACAUACCUAGAAGUGGAAUUGCUGGAUGCCCUCAAGGUUCAUCCAUGUCAUGGCGUACAACAGGAUUUCCUUCUUUUUAAAGGAUGAAUAAUAUUCUGUUGUAUGUAGAUACCACAUUUUCUUUAUCCAUUCAUCCAUCAAUACACAUUUAGGUUGCUUCUAUCUUGGCUAUUGUGAAAAAUGCUGCAGUGAACAUGGGUUUGCAAAUAUAUCUUCGAGAUCUAUUUUCAGUCUUCUGUGUAUAUACUCAGAAGCGAGAUUGCUGAAUCAUGAUAAUUCUAUUUUUAAUUUUGUAAGGAACUUCCAUGCUAUUUUCUACUGCAGCUGCACCCAUUUCACAUUCCUACCAGCAGUGCUCAAAGGGUUCCGGUUUCUCCACAUCCUUGCAACUCUUAACUAUUUUCUGUGUUUUGAUAGUGGCCAUCCUAACGGGUAUGAAAUAAUAUCUUGUGGUUUUGCUUUGCAUUCCCCUGAUGAUUAGUGAUGUUGAACAUUUUUUCAUAUACUCAUUAGACAUUUCUAUGCCUUCUCUAGAGACAUGUCUGUUCAAGUCUUUUGUCUCUUCUUUUAAUGAAAAAUUACAUUUCUUAUUCCAUUCCUUUUCACUGCUUUGAUUUUCUUUGCUAUGUAGAAGUUUUUGUGUUUGAUGUAGUCCUAUUUGCCUUUUUUUGCUUUGUUUUGCUUGUGUUUUUGGUGUCAGACAAGAAAUCAUUGCCAGAUCCUAUGUCAUGAAGUUUUCCUCCUAUAUUUUUUUUCAGGAGUUUUAUCGCUUCAGGUCUUAAUAUUUAGGUCUUUAAUCCAUUUUGAGUUAAUUGUUGUGUGUGGUAUAAGGGUCCAUCUUCAUUCUUUUGUCUGUGGGCGUCAAGUUUUCCACGUACCGUUUGUUGAGGAGAUUAUCCUUUCCACAUUGUGUAGUCUUUGUACCCUUGUUGAAAAUCAUUUGGCCAUAUGCACUGGUGUGUUUCUGGGUUCUCUGUUCCAUUGGUCUGUAUGUCUUUAUGCCAGUACCAUGCUGUUUUAAUUACUGUAGCUUUGUAGUAUGUUUUGAAAUCAGGACAUGUGAGGCCUCCAGCGUUUUUCUUCUUUCUUGAGAUUGUUUUGGCUAUUUGGGGUCCUUUAAGAUUCCAUAUGAGUUUGGGGAUGGUUGAUUGUGUUUCUGCGAAAGACCACUUGGGGUAGUAUAAAUAUUUUAACAAUAUUAAGUUUUCAAGUCCGUAAACAUGGGAUGUCUUUCCAUUCAUUUGUGUCAACUUUUCUUUCAGCAGUGUUUUGUAGUUUCCAGUGUACAAGUUUUUUAUUUCUUUGGUUAAGUUUAUUCCUAAGUAAUUUAUUCUUUUUGAUGAUAGUGUAAAUACAAUUGUUUUCUUAAUUUCCUUUCUGGAUCAUUCACUGUUAGGGUUUAGAAAUGCAACUGAUUUUUGAAUUUUGAUUUUAUAUUGUGUAACUUUGCUGUAUUUGCUUAUUAGUUCAACAGUUUUUUUUGUGUGUGUGUAUGUGUGUGUGUAAUGUUUAGGGUUUUCAACACAUAAGAUCAUGUCAUCUGUGAAAAGAGAUAAUAUUACUUCUUUCUUCCUAAGUUGGAUGGCUUUUAAUUCAUUAUCUUGUGUGAUUGCUCUGGCUAGGACCCAAGUACUGUGUUGAAUAGAAGUGACUAAAGUGGGUAUCCUUGUCUUAUUCUUGAUAUUGGAGGAAAAGGUUUCAGUUUUUCACUGUUGAGUAUGAUGUUAGCUGUGAUCUUUUCAUUAAUGAACUUUAUUAUGAUAAACAGAUUUGCUAGAUAUAGAAUCCUCAGCCAACAGUUUUUUUUCUUUAUGCACUUUGAAUAAAUCAACCCACAGACUUCUGGUCUCCAAGGUCUCUGAGAAGAAAUAAGAUAGUUUCAUUGAGAAUCCCUUCUAUAUGAUGAGUUACUUCCUCUUGUUGCUUUCAAGGUUCUUUGUCUUUGGAUUUUGACAAUUUGAUUAUAGUUUGUCUAGAUUUGUGUAUCUUUGUGUUUACAGGCAUACCUUGGAUAUAUUGUGGGUUUACUUCCAGACCGCUGCAGUAAAACAAAUGUUGCCUAAAUUGGGUCGCACAAAUUUUUUGGUUUCCCAGUGCAUAUAAAAGUUAUGUUCAGGGCUUCCCUGGUGGCACAGUGGUUGAGAGUCCGCCUUCCGAUGCAGGGGACAUGGGUUCGUGCCCCAGUCCGGGAAGAUCCCACAUGCCGCGGAGCGGCUGCGCCCGUGAGCCAUGGCCACUGAGCCUGCGCAUCCGGAGCCUGUUGCUCCACAAUGGGAGAGGCCACAACAGUGAGAGGCCCGCGUACCACAAAAAAAGAAAAGUUAUGUUCACACUCUACUGUAAUCUGUUAAUUGUGCAAUACCAUUAUGUCUAAAAAACCGAUAUGCAUACCUUAAUUAAAAAAUAGUUUAUUGCUAGAAAAAAUGCAUCUGAGCCUUUAGCAAGUCACAGUCCUUUUGCUGGUGGAGGGUCUUGCCUCAUUGAUGGCUGCUGACUGAUCAGGGUGGUGGUUGCUGAGUUGGGGUGGCUGGGGCAAUUUCUUAAAAUGAGACAACAUUGAAGUUUGCUGUAUUGGUUGACUCUUCUUUUCAUGAACAAUUUCUCAGUAGCUCUCAGUGCUGUUUGAUAACAUUUUACUCACACCAGAACUUCUUUCAAAAUUGGAGGGACUUCCCUGUUGGCGCAGAGGUUAAGAAUCGGCCUGCCAAGGCAGGGGAUGCGGGUUCGAGCCCUGGUCCGGGAGGAUCCCACAUGCCACGGAGCAACUAAGCCCGUGUGCCACAACUACUGAGCCCGCUCGCCUAGAGUCCGUGCUCCACAACAAGGGAAGCCACUGCAAUGAGAAGCCUGCACACCACAACGAAGAGUAGCCCCCGCUUGCCGCAACUAGAGAAAGCCCGUGCACAGCAACAAAGACUCAACACAGCCCAUAAUAAAUAAAUAAAUAAUAAAAAAAUUUGGAAUCAGUUCUUUCAAACCCUGCUGCUGCUUUAGCCAAGUAAGUUUAUGUAUGUAAUAUUCUAAAUCCUUUGUUGUCAUUUCAGCGUUCUUCACCAGGAAUAGAUUCCAUCUCAAGAAACCACUUUUUUUGCUCAUCCAUAAGAAGCAUUCCUCAUUCCUUAAAAAUUUUAUUAUGAAAUUGCAGCAAUUGAGUCAUAUCUUUAAGCUCCACUUGUAAUUCUAGUUCUCUUGCUAUUUCCACCACACCUGCAGUUACUUCCUCCACUCAAGUCUCAAACCCCUCAAAGUCACCCAUGAGGGUUGAAAUCAACUUCUUCCAAACUCUUGUUCAUGUUGGUAUUUUGACCUUGUCCCAUGAAUCACGAAUGUUCUUAGUGGCGUCUAGAAUGGUGAAUCCUUUCCAGAAGGUUUCAAUUCACUGUACCCGGAUCCAUCAGAAGCACCCAUCUCCAUCAAGUCAUCUUUUCUUUCUGUUAGCUCUUAAGUUUCUCCAGGAUCCUGUUUUGAAACCCUUCACCCCCCCACUUUUUUGCCAUAUCCACAAUCUCUUUAAUCAUUUCCUUGGUUGGCUCUGUUGUAAGUUCCAUGGAGUCAUGCACAUCUGGACACAGUUUUCUCCGGCAGGAAUUUAUUGUUUCAGGCUUGAUGGCUUUCUUGGCUUUUUCUUUUAACAACGAUGGUGUCUUUAAUGAUGUAAUCCUUUCAGACUGUAAUGAUGUCCUCUCUAAGUUCUCUUCCAUAGCACUGACAGUCCUUUCCGUAGAGUACCAUGUGGAAUGAGCCUUAAAGGUCCUAUGACCCCCUGCUGCAGGGGCUGAAUUAGAGAUGUUAUGUUGGGGACAAGUAGAUCACUUUGACUCCUUAAUUGUUGAACUCAUGGGGUUCUGGGUGUCCAGGGGCAUUGUCCAAUAUCAAAAGGACUUUAAAAGGCGGCCCCUUGUUGGCAGGUUACUUCUGACUUCAGGGACAAAGCACUGAUGGAACCAGUGCAGAAAGUGUUCUUUCCCGGCUGGUGUUUCUCUUUUCCCUUCAAGGUUCCGUGUCAGCAGCUUCAUAGUUGAGGGCAGCCCUGAUCAUAAACUCCACUGCAUUUGCACAAAACAGAGUCAUCCCGUCCCUUCCUGCCUUAAAUCCUGGUGCUUGCUUCUUGUUGUUACUAAUAAAUGUCCUUUGUGGCAUUUUUCCCCAUAAUACGGCACUUAAACAUCUGCAUUAAAAACCUGUUUAGGCAGAUAUUCUUUCUCAACAAUUUUCUUAGUGGCAUCUGGGGAAGUCUGCUGCCUCUUGGUCGGAAGAAGCUAUUUCUGCUGUUAUCUUGACAUUUUUUUAGGUCAAACCUCUUUCUAAAAUUAUCAAACCAUCCUUUGCAGGUAUUAAACUCUCCAUCUUUCCAUCUUUCAACUUUAAGUUGUCACCUAAUGACUUUGCUUUUUCUUGAAUCAUUGAAGUCUAUAGAUACGCCUGCCUUAGAGCAACCUUGCAUCCACAUAAAAGCUGCAUUUAAAGGCUAAAAAGGGGGACUUCCCUGGUGAUCCAGUGGUUAAGACUCCGUGCUCCCAAUGUGGGGGGGCCCGGGUUCGAUCCCUGGUCCCACAUACUGCAACUAAGCCCGUGCACCGCAACGAAGAGCCCGUGCUCCGCAACGAAGAGCCCAUGUGCCGCAAGAAAGACCCAGCGCAGCCAAAAUAAAAUUUUUAAAAGGGAUUAAAAGGUAUGUAUUUUGUAAAAAGAGCAAGGUUGAGCUAAUAUGGUUAUGGCUUGAGAAAGAUUGAAACAGGUAUGGGAACAUCUAGUUGUUAUAGCCUAACCCAGUAGGUAACAUCCAUAGGCUUGUAGAUAUGAUUGGCAGUGACAUGGGAUUAAAGAGAAACUGGUUACAGAUAAGACCAAGGGGUCUCAGCCAUCGUGAACAGACUGGAGUUUCUGGUGACAGAUCCAACAGAAAGGUUUUCCCCUUUUGCAAUGGAUUGGGAGAUGUGGGCCAGAGCAUUGCCUUUCCAAGAAAGGGGGAAAAUAAGGUAAGAAACAAGAGCAAGAAAAGGGUAUACAGGCCUGGUCUCAUCAUUUUGGGAAAGCUGUCUCCUUUGGCUGUCGUCUGCUUCAGUUCUUGGAAAUCUUCAGGGUGAGGUCACCAGUUGGUGUGCAGGUCCCAUAAGGGUUUGAGGCUUCCUUUAGAUGAGACACGUGGGUCCAGGAGUCAACUCCUUGGAGUUUGGUGGCGCAAGGAUUGGUCAGUUACGCUUGAUAAAGGCCUUUCUAGCAUGGUUGAAUAAAGUGUUUUGUGGAGAUGUCUUUUCCAAUAAAGAAAUCUCCAGGCUGCGAAGUGUGGCGUUUGACGUCUUCAUCUUUAAAAGAAUUGCUCUAUUAAAGCAUGGUUAUUUUUAGUAGAUGUAAUUAGACCUAUGCAACAUUGCAGUAUAUCUCAUUUCAUUAGUUGUAGAUGAAAGAGGCAGGAGCUAGAUGCAUGGGGUGCUCAGCAGUUAGCUCAAAGGGUGAGAGUUUAUGAGUUCCAAAAUGAGUGGACUUGAGAUUGAGAAGGACCAGAGGCAGUGCUUUUGGCCAAAGUCUUUGGAGGAUUUCCACAAAUUUUGACUAUUGAGUUGUUUUUUUUUUUUUAAAUUGGGUAUAGUUGCUUUACAGUGUUGUGUUUCUGCUGUAAAUUGAAGUGAAUCAGCUAUAUGUAUCCAUAUAUCCCGUCUUUUUUGGAUUUUCUUCCCGUUUAGUUCGCCACAGAGCAUUGAGUAGAGUUAGCUGUGCUAUACGGCAGGUUCUCAUUAGUUGUCUCUUUUACACAUAAUGGUGUGUAUAUGUCAAUCCCAAUCUCGCAAUUCAUCCCACACCCCUUUCCCCCUUGGUGUCCAUACGUUUGUUUUCUGUGUCUCUUUCUGCUUUGCAAAUAGGUUCAUCUGCACAAUUUUUCUAGAUUCCACAUACAUGCGUUAAUACACGAUACUUGUUUUUCUUCUUCUGGCUUACUUCACUCUGUAUGACAGUCUCUAGGUCCAUCCACAUCUCUACAGAUGACCCAAUUUCAUUCCUUUUCAUGGCCGAGUAAUAUUCCAUUGUAUGUACGUACCACAUCUUUAUCCAUUCGUCUGUAGAUGGGCAUUUAGGUUUCUUCCAUGACCUGGCUAUUGUAAAUAGUGCUGCACUGAACAUUGGGGUGCAUGUGUCAUUUUGAAUUAUGGUUUUCUCAGGGUAUAUGUCCUGUAGUGGAAUUGCUGGGUCAUAUGGUAGUUUUAUUUUUAUAUUUUUAAGGAACCUCCAUACUGUUCUCCACAGUGGCUUUAUCAAUUUACAUUCCCACCAACAGUUCAAGAGAGUUCCCUUUUUUCUGCACCCUGUUUAGCAUUUAUUGUUUGUAGAGUUUUUAAUGAUGGCCAUUCUGACUGCUAUGAGGUGAUACCUCAUUGUAGUUUUUUUAUUUUUUGCGGUAUGCGGGCCUCUCACUGUUGUGGCCUCUCCCGUUGCGGAGCACAGGCUCCGGACGCGCAGGCUCAGCAGCUGUGGCUCAUGGGCCUAGCUGCUGCGCAGCAUGUGGGAUCUUCCUGGACUGGAGCACGAACCCGUGCCCCCUGCAUUGGCAGGUGGACUCUCAACCACUGCGCCACCAGGGAAGCCCCAUCAUUGUAGUUUUAAUUUGCAUUUCUCCAAUAAUUAGGUUGAACAUCUUUUCAUGUACCUCUUGGCCAUCUGUAUGUCUUCUUUGCUGAAAGGCUAUUUAGGUCUUCUGCCCAUGUUUUUGAUUGGAUUUUCUUUUUUGUUAUUGAGGUGCAUGACCUGUUUGUAUAUUGUGGAGAUGAAUCCCUUGUCAGUUGCUUCAUUUGCAAAUAUUUUCUCGCAUUCUGGGGGUUGUGUUUUCGUCUUGUUUAUGGUUUGCUUUGCUGUGCAAAAGCUUUUAAGUUUAAUUAGGUUCUAUUUAUUUAUUUUUGAUUUUAUUUUCAUUACUUUAGGAGGUAGGUCAAAAAAGAUCUUGCUGUAAUUUAUGUCAAAGAGUGUUUUUCUUAUGUUUUCCUCUAAGAGUUAUGUCAGAGUGUUUUUCCUAUGUUUUCCUCUAAGAGUUUUGUAGUGUCUGGUCUUACAUUUAGAUCUUUAAUGCAUUUUGAGUUUAUGUUUGUGUAUGGUGUUAGGGAGUGUUCUAAUUUCAUUCUUUUACAUGUAGCUGUCCAGUUUUCCCAGCACCACUAACUGAAGAGACUGUCUUUUCUCCAUUGUAUAUUCUUGCCUGCUCUGUCAUAGAUUAGGUGACCCUAGGUGCAUGGGUUUAUCUCUGGGCUUUCCAUCCUGUUCCAUUGAUCUAUAUUUCUGUUUUUGUGCCAGUACCAUAUUGUGUUCAUUACUGUAGCUUUGUAGUAUAGUCUGAAGUCAGGGAGCCUGAUUUCCUCCAUUCUUCCAGCUCUAUUUUUCUUAAGAUUGCUUUGGCUAUUUGGGGUUUUUUGUGCUUCAAUACAAAUUGUAAAAUCUUUUGUUCUAAUUCUGUGAAAAAUGCCAUUGGUAAUUUGAUAGGGAUUAUGUUGAGUCUGUAGAUUGCUUUGGUAGUAUAGUCAUUUUCAUAAUAUUGAUUUUUCCAAUCUAAGAACAUGGUAUAUCUCUCCAUCUGUUUGUGUCGUCUUUUAUUUCUUUCAUCAAUAUCUUAAAGUUUUCUGCAUACAGGUCUUUUGCCUCCUUAGGUAGGUUUAUUCCUAGGUAUUUUAUUCUUUUUGUUGCAAUGGAAAAUAGGAUUGUUUCCUUAAUUUCUCUUUCUGAUCUUUCGUUAUUAGGGUAUAGGAAUGCAAGAGAUUUCUGUGCAUUAACUUUGUAUCCAGCAACUUCACCAGAUUCACUGAUUAGCUGUAGUAGUUUUCUGGUGGCAUCUUAGGAUUUUCUGUGUAUAGUAUUAUGUCAUCUGCAAACACUGACAGUUUUACUUCUUUUCCAAUUUGUGUUCCUUUUAUUUCUCUUUCUUCUCUGAUUGCCGUGGCUAGGAUUUCCAAUACUAUGUUGAAUAAUAGUGGCAAGAGUGGACACCCUUGUCUUGUUCCUGAUCUUAGAGGAAAUGCUUUCAGUUUUUCACCAUUGAGAAUGAUGUUUGCUAUGGGUUUGUCACAUAUGGCCUUUAUUAUGUUGAGGUAGGUUCCCUCUGUGCCCACUUUCUGGAGAGUUUUUAUCAUAAAUCAGUGUUGGAUUUUGUCAAAAGCUUUUUCUGCAUCUAUUGAGAUGAUCAUAUGGUUUUUAUCCUUUAAUUUAAUAUGGUGUAUCACAUGGAUUGUGUUGUGUAUACUGAAGAAUCCUUGCAACCCUGGGAUAAAUCCCACUUGAUUAUGGUGUUUGAUCUUUCUAAUGUGUUGUUGGAUUCUGUAUGCUAGUACUUUGUUAAGGAUUUUUGUGUCUAUGUUCAUCAGUGAUAUUGGUCUGUAAUUUUCUUUUUUUGUGAUAUCUCUGUCUGGUUUUGGUAUCAGGGUGAUGGUGGCCUUGUAGAACGUGUUUAGGAGUGUUCCUCCCUCUGCAAUUUUUUGGAGGAGAUUGAGAAGGAUAGAUGUUAACUCUUCUCUAAAUGUUUGAUAGAAUUCGCCUGUGAAACCAUCUGGUCCUGGAGUUUUGUUUGUUGAAAAAUUUUUUUUAUCACAGUUUGAAUUUCAUUACUUGUGAUUGGUUUGUUUAUAUUUUCGAAUUCUUCCUGGUUCAGUCUUGGAAAGUUGUACCUUUCAAAGAAUUUGUCCAUUUCUUCUGGCUUGUCCAUUUUAUUGGCAUGUAGUUGCUUGUGGUAGUCUCUCAUGACCCUUUGUAUUUCUGCAGUGUCACUUGUAAUUUCUUUUUCAUUUCUAAUUUUAUUGAUUUGAAUCCUCUACCUUUUUUUCUUGAUGAGUCUGGCUAAAGGUUUAUCACUUUUGUUUAUCUUCUCAAAGAACCAACUUUUAGUUUUAUUGAUCUUUGCUAUUGUUUUCUUCAUUUCUAUUUUAUUUAUUUCUGUUCUGAUCUUUAUGAUUUCUUUCCUUCUACUAACUUCAGGUUUUCUUUGUUCUUUUUCUAGUAGCUUUAGUUGUAAGGUUAGAUUGUUUAUUUGAGAUUUUUCUUGUUUCGAGGUAGGAUUGUAUUCCUGUAAAACUCUCUCUUAGAACCGCUUUUGCUAUGUCCCAUAGGUUUGUUUUUUUUUUGCUGCAUUGGGUCUUUGUUGCUGUGUGUGGGCUUUCUCUGGAUGUGGCGUGCGGGCUUCUCAUUGCAGUGGCCUCUCUGGUGCGGGGCACGGGCUCCAGGUGCACGGGCUUCAGUAGUUUUGGCACACGGGCUCAGUAGUUGUGGCACGCGGGCUCAGUAGUUGAGGCACGUGAGCUUAGUUGUGGCACGCAAGUUCUAGAGUGCAGGCUCAGUAGCUGUGGUGCACAGGCUUUUGCUCCGAAGCAUGUGGGAUCUUCCUGGGCCAGGGCUCGAACUCAUGUCCCCUGAAUUGGCAGGCGGUUUCUUAAUCACUGCGCCACCAGGGAAGCCCAUGCGUCCCAUAGGUUUUGGAUUGUCAUGUUUUCAUUGUCAUUUGUUUGUAGGUAUUUUAAAAUUUUUUCUUUGAUUUUUUUUCAGUGAUCUCUUGGUUAUUCAGCAAUGUACUGUUUAGCCUCCAUGUGUUUCUGUUUUUUACAGUUUUUUUUCUGUAAUUGGUUUCUAAUCUCGUAGCAUUGUGGUCAGAAAGGCGGCUUGAUACAAUCUCAAUUUUCUAAAAUUUUCCAAGGCUUGAUUUGUGACCCAAGAUGUGAGCUAUUCUAGAGAGCAUUCCAUGUGCACUUGAGAAGAAUGUGUAUUCUUCUGCUUUGAGGUGGAAUGUCCUGUAAAUAUCAAUUAAGUGUGUCUGGUCUAUUGUGUCAUUUAAAGCUUGUGUUUCCUUAUUUAUUUUCUGUCUGCAUGAUCUGUCUAUUGGUGUAAGUGGGCUGUUAAAGUCUCCCACUAUUAUUGUGUUACUGUUGAUUUCCCCUUUUAUGGCUGUUAGCAUUUGUCUUAUGUAUUGAGGUGCUCCUAUGUUGGGUGCAUAAAUAUUUAUAAUUGUUAUGUUUCCUUCUUGGAUUGAUCCCUUGAUCAUUAUGUAGUGUCCUUUCUUUUCUCCUGUAACAGUCUUUAUUUUAAAGUCUAUUUUGUCUGAUAUGAGUAUUGCUACUCCAGCUUUCUUCUGAUUUCCAUUUACAUGGAAUGUCUUUUUUCAUCCCCUCAUUUUCAGUCUGUAUGUGUCCCUAGGUCUCAAGUGGGCCUCUUGUAGACAGCAUAUAUACGGGUCUUGUUUUUGUAUCCAUUCAGCCAGUCUGUGUCUUUUGGUUGGAGCAUUUAAUCCAUUUACAUUCAAGGUGAUUUUCGAUAUGUAUGUUCCUGUUACCAUUUUCUUAAUUGAUUUGGGUUUGUUUUUGUGGGUUUUUUCUUCUCUUGUUUCCCGCUUAGAGAAGUUCCUUCAGCAUUUUUUGUAAUGCUCUUUGGUCGUGCUGAAUUCUCUUAGCUUUUGCUUGUCUGUAAAGCUUUUGAUUUCCCUGUCAAAUCUGAAUGAGAUUCUUGCUGCAUAGAGUAAUCUUGGUUAUAGGUUUUUCCCUGUCAUCAUUUUAAAUGUAUCCUGCCACUCCCUUCUGGCCUGAAGAGCUUCUGCUGAAAAAUCAGCUGAUAACCUUAUGGGGUUUCCCUCAUAUGUUGUUUUUUGCUUUUCCCUUGCUGCUUUUAAUAUUUUUUCUUUGAAUUUAACUUUUGUUAUUUUGAUUAAUAUGUGUCUUGGCAUGUUUCUCCUUGGGUUUAUCCUGUAUGGGACUCUCUGUGCUUCCUGAACUUGGGUGGCUAUUUCCUUUCCCAUGUUAGGGAAGUUUUCGACUCUGAUCUCUUCAAAUAUUUUUUCAGACCCUUUCUCUUUCUCUUCUUCUGGGACCCCUAUAAUUUGAAUGUUGGUGCUUUAAUAUUGUCCCAAAGGUCUCUGAGACUGUCCUUGAUUCUUUUCAUUCUUUUUUCUCUUCUUUUUUUUUUUAAGAUGUUGGGCAUAGGAGUUUAUUAAUUAAUUAAUUUAUUUUUGCUGUGUUGAGUCUUCGUUUCUGUGCGAGGGCUUUCUCUAGUUGUGGCAAGCGGGGGCCACUCUUCAUCGCGGUGUGCGGGCCUCUCACUAUCGUGGCCUCUCUUGUUGCAGAGCACAGGCUCCAGACGUGCAGGCUCAGUAGUUGUGGCUCACGGGCCUAGUUGCUCCGCGGCAUGUGGGAUCCUCCCAGACCAGGGCUCGAACCCACGUCCCCUGCGUUAGCAGGCAGAUUCUCAACCACUGCGCCACCAGGGAAGCCCCAUUCUUUUUUUUUUAUUCCGCUCCUUGGCAGUUAUUUCCAGCAUUCUAUUUUCCAGCUCACUUAUUCGUUCUUCUGUCUCAGUUAUUCUACUAUUGAUUCCUUCUAGUGUAUUUUUCAUUUCAGUUAUUUGUUGUUCAUCACUGUUUGUUCUUUAGUUCUUGUAGGUCUGUGUUAAACAUUUCUUGUAUUUUCCUGAUCCAUACCUCCAUUCUACUUCUGAGAUUUUGGAUCAUAUUUACUAUCAUUUCUCUGAAUUCUGAGGUAGAUUGCCUAUUUCCUCUUCAUUUUUUUUGUUUUGUAGGUUUUUACCUUGCUUCUUCAUCUGUAACAUAUUUUUUUGUCAUCUCAUUUUUUUUGAUGGGUGGGGCUGUGUUCUUGUCUUGCUGGUUGUUUGGCCUGAGGUGUCCAGCACUGGAGUUUGCAUGCAGUUUGGUGGAGCCGGGUCUUGGUGCUGAGAUGAUGACCUCCAGGAGAGCUCACACUGAUUAAUAGUCUCUGGGGCCUAAGGUUCUCUGUUAGUCUAGUGUCUUGGACUCAGUGCUCCCACCACAGGGACUCAGGCCCGACCCCCAGUCUGGUUGUGCAGUGAUUCCUCCCAUCCCCUUAGGUGUCCAGGGUCCCCCACUAGCACCCAGUAGGUGCUCUGUAAGGAUUACUGCAGUGCAUUCUUUUUUAAAAUUAAUUAUUUAUUUAAUUUAUUUAUGGCUGCAUUGGGUCCUCAUUGCUGCACACAGGCUUUGUUUUAGUUGCUGCGAGCGGGAGCUACUCUUAGUUGCGGUGCAUAGGCUUCUUAUUGCAGUGGUUUCUCCUGUUGCACAGCACGGGCUCUAGGCGCACGGGCUUCAGUAGUUGUGGCUCAUGGGCUCUAGAGCCCAGGCUCAGUAGUUGUGGCGCAUGGGCUUAGUUGCUCUGCGGCAUGUGGGAUCUUCCCAGAUCAGGGCUCAAACCCAUGUCCCCUGCAUUGGCAGGAGGAUUCUUAACCACCCUGCCACCAGGGAAGCCCCUCGAUGCAUUCUUGUACUAGUGAGGAGAUACGAACUCCAUGUCCUCCUACUCUGCCAUCUUGACUCUGCCGCCCCCCCCAUUAAGUUUUUUUUUUUAACUCUAGUUUUUGUGUUUUUUUUUAAAAAAUUAAUUUACUUAUUUAUUUUUGGCUGUGUUGGAUCUUCAUUGCUGCAGAUGGGCCAUCUGUAGUUGCGGUGAGCGGGGGCUACUCUUUGUUGCCAUGCACGGGCUUCUCAUCGCAGUGGCUUCUCUUGUUGAGAAGCACAGGCUCUAGGCAUGCUGACUUCAGUAGUUGUGGCAUGUGGGCUCAGUAGUUGUUGCUCACGGGCUCUAGAGCGCAGGCUCAGUAGUUGUGACACGUGGGCUCAGUUGCUCCUCAGCAUGGAGGAGCAAACCCGUUUCCCCUGCAUUAGCAGGCAUAUUCUUAAUCACUGGACAAACCCAUGUCCCCUGCAUUGGCAGGCGUAUUCUUUUUUUUUUUUUUUUUUAAAGGGAACCCUCUGACACUGUUGUUGGGAAUGUAAAUUGGUGCGGCCACUAUGAAUUUAUUUAUUUAUUUAUUUAUUUAUUUAUGGCUGUGUUGGGUCUUCGUUUCUGUGCGAGGGCUUUCUCUAGUUGUGGCAAGCAGGGGCCACUCUUCAUCACGGUGCGCAGGCCUCUCACUGUCGUGGCCUCUUGUUGUGGAGCACAGGCUCCGGACGCACAGGCUCAGUAGUUGUGGCUCACGGGCCCAGUUGCUCCGCGGCAUGUGGGAUCUUCCCAGACCAGGGCUCGAACCCGUAUCGCCUGCAUUGGCAGGCAGAUUCUCAACCACUGCACCACCAGGGAAGCCCUGGCAGUCGUAUUCUUAACCACUGCACCACCUGGGAAGUCCCCCCCACUGAGUUUUGAUGACACUUAGUUCAUUUGAUUAGUCCUGAAGCCUGGUGAUGAUGUGUACAGUGAAAGUACUGAAGAUUUGGCCAAACAACACAUACUUGCUGUAAUAUUUGACCAGUAAAACAGGUCCCUUGGUUGCUGUGGAGCUCAAGAGGGGUUCAUCAGGUAGGGAUAUUUUUUCCCAGUAAGUUUUAGCUACUGAAGAGGCAAUAGUUUGUCUACAUGGGAAAGCUUCAGUCCAGUGGGAAAGCAUACAAAUCAUUACCAAGACAUAUUUGUAUCCAUGGGGUGAGGAUAGCUGCAUAAAGUCCAUUUUCCCACUCUAAUGGCAAUUUAAAGUGUUUGGGGGCAGUGCGGACAGGUUUCCCCGGAUUAUAUGUUGAACAGGUGGGGCUUCUGUAGGGGGUACAGAGAUAAUUAGAGGGGAUCCCAUGAUUAUUUUUUUGGUGGCCUUAACUAAAAGGACAGUAGCAGGAAUGACUCUAAGGCAAAAGGGGUAUCCUCGUGCCCAGGGUCUAGCUGCCAACUCUAGUACCCUAUGGGGUGAUGGUGAUCCCCAUGCUUUUGGGUAAGUAAGUGCUACUCUCCUUCUCUUGUAUGAAGAGGAAAAAGGGAGGUUGAUCAGCAGUAGGGAGAUUUAUCAAGCUUUCCUGUAAUGUAUUAAAAGCUAGAUCAUUUGAUUCGUCCAGUUGGCUGUUUUGGUUGCUGCUAUCAAGUUCUAGAUUUAUUGUCUCCUUUUGGCAGAAAUGCCAGCAUGACAUUUUUUCUAAGGAAUCUUGGCCCAAUAAAUGAACAGGGAUAGAGGAACUAAAGAGAAAAGCGUAGCUAUCUCUUAGCCUAAACCAAAGGAGAUAGGUUAACAGACAGAAACCUGGGGAGGUUUAUUUUGAGACACCCCCCCCCCCCCACUGAACCAUUUUAAUCUUCUGAGUCAGGGGCUCUUGAGUAACAGGUUGAGCCCCAAGACUGUAGCUCUGGUGUCAGUGAGGAUGGAGGGACUCAUUCCCAAGCUGGAGAGUGGUUUCUCUAAGUUGAUUGAGGGGAGGGAUUGGGGGAAAACCCUGUAAUUCCCUGGGAAUUGGGGAAGCUGGUGAGAGGAUUGAGGGUGCCUGGUGCACUUAAGCUUGUGACAGUCUUUCCUUCAAUGUCCUGGCUUUUUGCAUUAAUGGCAAAGACCAGGAGGGUUUGUGUUUCAUUUAGGGGUCUCUACUUGGUGGAGUUGAAAAUUGAGGAUUUUAGUGGUCGGUCUUUUAGUUGAAUCAUCUGUGGUGCCGGUGAGCUGAUUUGCUGAAUUAAAUAAAUCUGGGGUGGAAAUAAUUUCCCAUUCCAUCCUGGUCCUUUUAACUAGAAGAGAAAGAUCCCUAUUCAACCCAUUAAUGAACAUAGAGUUAAAGGCUACCCCAGGGGCCAGCAAAAUUGAGUUUGUUUGGGAAUAACAGAGAAAUUACAAUUUGGGACAUGCAAACUAUGGUAAACUUACAGACAUGUCUGGAGAAGGAAGGUCAGGAGUGUUCUUUUUACAGCGGAAUGGAGGAAGUUGGGAGGGGCUGUUUUGAAUGAAAGUUCAUUGGAGGAGAAUGAGAAUUCAGGGUUGUGGUGGCUUCUCAUUGGCUGAGUUGCAGUGGUUUCUCAUUGGCUGGGCUGUUGUUGGCGAGGAAGAAGUCUUUCUUCCUGCUGAGGAAUGUAGAGUAAGCUGGUAUGUGCUUGAGAGCUCUCCCUUCAGGGCUUCCAGUCUUCAUUUUGCAUGAGGUUUUUCUUUUAUUUGUUUUCACAAGUUCUAAGAUUAUUUCAGGCUGGAGUCCUUAGGUGUCUCUCCCUAUAGAGUGGUUCUGAUAACUUACAGCUUUGCUAAAUCUACCUGUAGCUCUUCUGGGGCUUUUCCCCAUUGAUAUUCAAGAUGUUUAUGGGUUUGUUUUUUUGUAAAGUGCGACCAAGGAGAGCAUUCCUUUUUAAAUUAAUCAUUAAUGGAUACAUACUCCCCAGUUUUUUUCUGCUUUGAAGAAUCUUCUUCAUUUUCUCUCUUGAUCUGCCAACAUGUUCAGAACCUUCCUUUAGCUCUUUGAGCAUAUUUGACAGUUAUUUUAAAGUCUUUGUCUAGUAGGUCUGAGUUCCUCAGGUAUAUCUCCUGUUUCUCUGUACGCCUUGUGAUAUUUUUUUGUUGAAAACUGGACAUGUGAAUCUUAUAUAGUCAUCCCCCCUUAUGUGCAGGGGAUACGUUCCAAGACCCCCAGUGGAUGACUGAACCUGCAGAUAGUACUGAACUCUUAUAUAUACUAUGUUUUUUCCUUUACAUACACACCUGUGAUAAAGUUUAAUUUAUAAAUUAGUCCCAAUAAAAUAUUAACAGUAAUAAUAAAGUGGAGGGCUUCCCUGGUGGCGCAGUGGUUGAGAGUCCGCCUGCCGAUGCAGGGGACACGGGUUUGUGCCCUGGUCCAGGAAGAUCCCACAUGCCGCAGAGCGGCUGGGCCCGUGAGCCAUGGCCGCUGAGCCUGCGCGUCCAGAACCUGUGCUCCGCAACGGGAGAGGCCACAACAGUGAGAGGCCCGCGUACUGCAAAAUAAUAAUAAUAAUAAUAAAGUGGAAUUAUAAUAAUAUUGUGUAAUAAACAUGUGAAUGUGGUUUCUCUCACAAAAUAUCUUAUUCUACUGUGCCCAUUCUUAUGAUGAUGAUGUGAGAUGAUAAAAUGCCUAUGUAAUGAAAUGAAAUGAGGUGAAUGACAGGCAUUCACCUAGCAUAUGACAUAGCAUUAGGCUACUAUUGACCUUCUGACACUGUGUCAGAAGAAGGAUCAUCUGCUUUGGGUGAUCCUGGAUCACUGAACAUGAUGUUGAUGGAUAGAUGUUGAGAGCAGAAGAUGUUUUUGGUUGGGAAUACCGGGCAGGUUGGAGCGGGAUGGUGUCAGAGUUUAUCACACUAUUCAGAAUGGUGUGCAAUUUAAAAGUUAUGAAUUGCUUAUUUCUGGGAUUUUCCAUUUAAUGUUUUCGGGCUGCAGUUGACAGCUGUUAACAAACUGUGCAGAGCCAGACCAUGGAUAAGGCAGGGGACUACUGUAGUGUGGUAGCUCUGGAAAUCAGAUUCUCCUCAGAUUUUUUUUUUAUUGUUUGUUGUCGUCUCUCUGCCAGUGAUCAGUCUGUGGUGAAUGCUUAGACUUUUCUCAGGUCCUUUCUGAGCCUGUCUUUCCCUGGGCAGAGGCAGAGGCUUUCUAAAUUCUCCCACACAUGUGGGGAUGGUUCAGGUGCGAGCAAUGGGGAGCGAUGGGGAACGAUAGAUGAAGCUUCACUGCUCACUCGCCGCUCACCUCCUGCUGUGCGGCCCGGUUCCUAAAAGGCCGUGGACCGGUACCGGUGUGUGGCCCAGGGGUUGGGGACCCCUGCUUUAAAUCCCCUGGGAGCCACUUUAGCCAGUGGGGGUAGUUGGAAGAAUGGUCAUUCACCUCUGUGUCUGCUCUUCCUUCUUGAUCAGAAGCAACCAUCCACAGUCAGGACCUGGGACCCUGGUAUUUGGAGGAAAAGGUCUUUAUUGCCCACCUUGGCUCCAGCAAGUCAAACUAGAAAUGUUUGGGCUGGCUGAUGGGGAAUGGGUAGCUGCUACUCUGCUAAAGGCUAAAAUCCACCACUGUUCGCUGCAGUUUACCACUUAAGAUUUCCCCUGGACACUACAAGCCUUAAAAUAGACUCCUGUGUUCCAAAUAAUCACUUUAGGUACUUUCUGCCAGUACAGUUGUUGUCUAGGUGGAGAGAUGGCUUCCUGGCGCCUCCUACUGCUCCAUCUUCCCUGACAUCAGUCCUUCCAUGUCUUUGAUUUUUAUCCUUCUUUUUGGAAGCUGUUGUCAACUUUUAUCUUCCAGCUCUGCUACUAAAUGUUUUAUUUUUGUUGUCAUAUUUAUACUUCCAAGUGCAUUUUCUGAUUCUCUGCUUACUCCUUUUUUAAAAAAAUCAUAUUCUGUUUGUGUCAUGGGUGAAAUACUCAUUUCUCUGAGGAUGCUAAUAUGGUAUCCUUUAGUGUUACCGCUCCCUUCAUUAUCUUUCCUCUGAGUUGUUUUUACUUGUUUUCUCUCUUUCUCCUUGGAGGCUUUCCUCAAACUUCUGGUGAUCUUUGACUACUCACAUUUAAGAAGAGGGCUCUAAAACACCACUUGGAAGGUGUUUCAGUUACUGUGGCACUGUCCAUUAGGAAUAGAAUGUGAGCCACAUAAUAAUUUCAGAUUUUCUAGUAGCCACUCUAAAAAGGUAAGAGGAGACAGGUGAAUAAUAUAAUUUGUUUUACCCAGUAUAUCCAUAAUAUUAUAUCAACAUAUAAUCAGUAUAAAAAAUUAUUGGUGAGGUAUUUUAUAUUAUUUUUUUGCACUGUCUCCAAAACCCAUGUGUAUUUUACAGUUGCAGCACAUCUUAGUUCAUACACUAAAUUUUUAUUUGAAAUACUUGAGCCAUAUUGAGAUUAAUAAAACUUAGUUGAAAAGUAGAUUUACAUAGUUCUUCCAAAUGCACUUUGUUGUUAGUCUACAUAUACCUAAAUUUUUCAAGUAUCAGAAAAUUAUUUUCCUUCGAUAUUUGCAUCCACAUUUACAAAGUUGUUCAUCUUUUUAUCGGAAGAAUUGAUUUGAUUUUGAAACAAAAGCAUAUAGUUUCAAAGCAAUAUCUGUUUAAAUAAAUUCAACUCUUCUGUCAACUCUGUUACUACCAUUAAAUUCAAUGAUGUAUUGCAUAAAUGGAAACAAAACUAAAUUUAUCAGUAUCAACCAUUCUUCACAUUUUUCUUGUAUUUUGCAGCCAAUUUAUACAAUGCUAUUGAUUACAUUGACAAUUUGCAUGUUGACUCAUGUUAGAAAAAUGUGUAAAGUCAUUAUUUUUUGUUUAUAUUAUGAAAUGUUUCAAUUUUAACUAAUUUUUCUCACCUGAGUAGGUCACAAGUUUUUCCCACUCUAAGAAGCUUCAAAUGUAGCUCACUCAUAUUCAGUGUGAUACUGCCACUUUUUGUCUUUGAUUUUCGAAUACUUAGCAGUCAUUCCUUCAUUUCAAGAAAAUCUUGAAUUGGAAUUCCCAGUACAGGAAAUCUUUGUAAAAUUCUUUUAUGAUUCAACCAAGGAGUAUCAGUAAAGAACACAAGAUCAUUAAAAACGUUAUUUUCAACAGUUUCAUAAACUAGCAGUGAUUAUAUCAUUUGCACACAUGUACGGAAGAAUUUUAACAUCUGUAUUCAUGUCUGUCUUCUUGGAGUCUGCUUCAGAAAAUUGAACAGAUAUUUUCAAUAGUUACCAUAUAGUGGAACAAAGCAAUGAGGGAAAUACCAUUCUCUUGCUUUAAAAUUCCAGUAUAUUUGUCUUUGGACCUAACACAGCUUCAGUCUUAUCUUUGUGAUAGAAACGAAUUUUUUUCUCUAGCUGAAAUUUCUUCUUUAUCAGGUGGAAAAUUGUCAAAAAUAUCUGUCAUGAGUUUGAGUUUUUAGACAAUGAAUUGACAUUUCUUUAUAAAUUUUGAUGUUCUUUGAGACAGAAUGUACUCAAAGUUUUCAGUUGGCAGUGUCUUAUAUUACACACCUAAAGCUAAGUACUUGAAAUUUUUCUAAUUUUGAACCAAUUGAUCUUUGAUAUUACAAGAAAUUUCUUGUCUUCUGUGAGCAAAAUUAGAAGGUUAAUUAAAAUUUUCAAUUUUUAUGUGUCUUUUAAAGUCUUCCUCAUAAUUUUCUAACUAGAUUAUCAUAAUUAAAAUGGUCAUUUCUUUUAUCAUCUCUCCAUCGAAGAUUCUUGUGUGUGUGUGUGUGUGUGUGUGUGUGUAUGUGUGUGUGCGUGUGUGCACACAUGCAAGAAUUCAAACCAUUUUAUAGCUGGCCAAGUAUAAGCUUGAAAUCCUGCUAAAAAUUAUUUAAAAAAUUGUUUAAAUUUUUUGUUGGAAAUGUAAUUCUCAUUUCAUAGGACUUAUUUCGUGGAUUCUUUUUUGACUAUUGGGAGAAUACUUAUCACUAAACUGUUGCUGAAAAAAUGAAAUAACUAUUAGCUGCUGUCUUAAAUAUUGUCUACUGUAUUGAACACUUGUGUACAACAAACAGCCUUCUCAUUUUCCUGUGCCUGCAGUGAGUUGCAUUUGCUACUCAUCAUCGAAUGUGCACUGUACCCUCUUGCACUCUUUUUCUUUGCUGUACUCGUUGUGGUACUAGCUUCUGUAUUGCACUGAAUUCUGCCUCAUUAAUAUGCCUUCAUUAAAAAUCUAAAUAUUUUUCCAUAUUUUUAAUCUAGAUAAUUUUAUUAUAUUACAGUUAAAAUAAUAAGUAUCUCAAAUUAUGAUUAUGGUUUACAUAUAGGUGUCACUGUAAUUUGUGCUGUCUGCAUAGGUGUUCUUUAACUUGUACUAUCUACAUAAAAUAUCCAAGUAGACACAUUGUGAUGUUACUUCAGUGCAUAGAAAAAAAUCAUCUGAACUGAAUCAGUCUGUUGAUACUGACUAGAUUGGUGAAGUGUUUAUCUGUAAUACUAGAAGUCAUGCACGUUCCUGUACAAGCAUUACAAUACAACAGCAACGUCCUGUGCCGUGCAACAGUUAAAGUGAAUUGUAGUUCUACCAAAACAAUAAAGUUGUGUUUAAUGGAAAAA